CUACCUCAGCCGGCUUAAAAUCGCACCCCCCCCAUUAUCUUGAUUCGUCGACACUUCCAUACUAUUGGGAUUCCACUAUUUAUUCUUAGCUUGUCGUAACCCAUUAACCCACAUCCCUCUUUCUCUCAAUUUUCUAUGCUCCUGUUUUUAGGGUUUCGUCCUGUUCAAUUGUAGAUUCGAUUUUGAUGGUACUUGUAAUCAAGUUUUAGUUUUUCUAAUUUAAUUUAUGAAUUUAGCUGCUGGGUAGGAUUCAAUUUUUGUGUUUCCUGAAAUACCCGAUAUAUAUCUGCUGGUUUUUAUAGCAAAAAUACAUUCUGGGUAAGUUUUUGGAUUGAAGAUAAACAAAUCCUCUUAUCUGGGUUUGUUGGUUGAAGCCGAAGUUCCACGUUAAAGCUGCGCUUUGAAAUUGGUCUGGGUUUUAUUUGACUGGGGAAAAGUAGAGAGGUUUGGUUGUGGAGGGUUUCGGAUUUUAAGUGUAUAAGGAAGUGAAGGGGAAAGUUAAGAUUGCAUGGGCGAACAUGAAGUAUGGGCACAGCCAGCAAGUGGGGUUUUGCCGAAUGGCUUAUUGCCCAAUGAAGCUGCCUCCGUGAUGAGAGUGUUGGAUUCGGAGAGAUGGUCCAAGGCGGAGGAGAGAACUGCAGAGCUUAUUGCCUGCAUUCAGCCCAAUUCACCCUCAGAAGAACGCCGGAAUGCAGUUGCUGAUUAUGUGCAGAGACUUAUCAAGAAUUGCUUCCCUUGCCAGGUGUUCACUUUUGGGUCUGUGCCCCUCAAGACUUAUUUGCCUGAUGGAGAUAUUGACCUUACUGCCUUUAGCAAGACUCAAAGUUUGAAAGACUCAUGGGCCCAUCAGGUUCGUGAUAUGCUGGAGAAUGAAGAGAAGAAUGAGAAAGCUGAAUUUCGUGUCAAAGAGGUUCAAUACAUCCAAGCCGAAGUAAAGAUAAUCAAGUGCCUUGUGGAAAACAUUGUGGUAGACAUAUCCUUUAAUCAGCUUGGAGGCUUGUGCACCCUUUGUUUCCUUGAGGAGGUCGAUCAGGUUAUAAAUCAAAAUCAUUUGUUCAAGCGUAGUAUUAUACUGAUAAAGGCCUGGUGUUAUUAUGAGAGCCGAAUACUGGGUGCUCACCAUGGACUGAUCUCUACCUACGCUUUGGAGACAUUGGUUUUAUACAUUUUCCAUGUCUUCAACAAUUCCUUUGCUGGACCACUUGAGGUCUUGUAUCGGUUUCUAGAAUUCUUUAGUAAGUUCGACUGGGAGAACUUUUGUGUAAGCUUGUGGGGUCCGGUGCCGAUUAGUUCUCUUCCAGAUGUAACUGCUGAACCUCCUCGAAAAGAUGGUGGAGAGUUACUAUUGAGCAAGUCGUUUUUAACUAUUGCUACACGCUCGUAUGCUGUUUUCCCUGGAGGUCAAGAAAAUCAGGGCCAAGCUUUUGUUUCCAAACAUUUUAAUGUUAUUGAUCCUUUGAGAAUCAACAACAACCUUGGACGUAGUGUGAGUAAAGGCAACUUCUUUAGGAUACGCAGUGCAUUUGCAUUUGGCGCUAAAAGGCUGGCCAGGUUGCUUGAUUGUGCAAAAGAAGAUCUGUGUUUUGAAGUAAAUCAAUUUUUUCUCAACACUUGGGAUAGACAUGGAAGUGGUCAGCGACCGGAUGCACCACAUAAUGAUCUUACGCGCUUGCGACUUUCAAAUGUAGACCACUUGCAUGGAUCUGAGAAUCGUAUGAACAAAUUAAGCAGCCAAAGGAAUGAUAGAUCCUCUGGUCGAGAUACUCAAAGUGAUGGAAAACGUGGUGGACGUAGUGUUUCCUCUCAGCAUGGUAGUUAUCCUAGAGAUAGCACAUCAUGGAGCAGUGAUUUGAUUAGUGUACCUGAUAGUCAAAGCCAAAAGAAUCAUGUUAAAAUGAACAUUGUGAGGGCCUCUGAUCAGAUUCGUAAGGAAAUCAAUCCUGCCCCAGGUGCACACGUGGACAAGGGCCAUGGAAAACCUGAUAGCUUGAUUAAUGACCUUCAUGGGAGGUUUCUUUUCUCAAGGACACGCUCUAGUCCGGAGCUUACUGAUUCAUAUAGUGAACCUUCCUCCCAAGGUCAGCGAAAUAGGGCCCCAGAGAGUGGGAAAAACCAAACAUAUUCCACAAGGUUGGAUAAUAGCAGGAGGAAGAACCUUGAGGUUGAUACUUUGGCAGGCCACAGAAUCAGAUCUUCAGCUGAUGAUCCUACAUCUGCUAACCAUAUUUCAUCCCAGCUAAGCUCAGAUGUCAUGGGUGAGUCAAAUAGUAGCUACCAGGAUGAUUCCGGUUUGAGUACUGUUGCCGAUGAUUUUUCAUCUAUUUCGGGGACACAAGGGAUGCACCAGGAGGAGCAAGAUCUUGUUAACAUAAUGGCAUCUUCUGCACCUCAUGGUUUCAAUGGACAAGUUCAUCUUCCGCUGAACUUGGGUUCAGAUCAAUUACCAUUUCCAAUCCCACCUUCUGUUCUUGCUUCGAUGGGAUAUGCUCAGAGGAAUAUGGGUGGUAUGUUCCCUGCAAAUUUUCCCAUGAUGGAGAGUCCUUGGGGAACAAAUAUGCAUUUUCCACAAGGUUUUGUUCCGUCACCUUUAACUCAUUACUUCCCUGGCAUGGGAUUGAGUGGAUUGACAUCUAAUCCUGAAGAAUCGGUGGAAUCCGGUAAUGAAAAUUUUGGUUCUAUGGAAAUGAACUCAAGUGAAACUGAUCAUGAUUUCUGGCACAACCAGGAGAGGGGAUCUACUAGUGAAUUUGAUCAUGAUAAUGGAGGUUCAGAAAUGCAUGAGGCAGAUGAUAGGCAACAAUCAACUUCAGCUGGUUAUAACUCCCAUCCGUCAUCUCGGAUAGGCGCUGCUGCAAGUUCUAUGCGAGUUCAACAAAAGUCCCCUAGAGAAAGCAGAGAUUCACUGAGGGAAGAUCAUGUGGAUAAUUCCCAGUAUCAAGACAACCAAGGAAAUGAGGUAUACUUUGAUGACAGAGUGAGUUCGAGGUCUUUGUCUGCCACUUAUACUAGUUCUGCAAGAAGCAAGACCUCCUCUGAGAGUUCUUGGGAAGGAUCAUCAGCAAAAGUGUCAAAGUCAACAAGAGAAAAACGGGGUAGAAAAGCUGCUCUGUCAACAGCUCCAUCUACCUCAUAUGGGAAAGGUAAGAGUGCGUCUGAACAUUCUUCUACUCAGGCAGAUGAUGAAAACAAAAAUUGGAAUCAGAUAACAACUUUAGGUUCUGAAAUAGUAGAAAGAAGCACACUAUCCCAACCGGUUGAUUCGGUGCUUGUUCCAAGACAUCAAAUGCCUAGUUUUGAACCAUCUCAAGCAAGUGGAUCAGAUUCGCUGAUGCCUUUCCCAGUGAUCAUAGGGCCCGGCUCUCGUCAGAGAGCUACAAAUGAUGCUGGUCCUGCCUAUUUUUAUCCUACGGGACCUCCAGUUCCAUUCUUUAUGGUACCAUCAUAUUACAAUCUCCCAGCAGAGUCAGGAACUUCAGAUGUAUCAAGUCAAUUAAGUAGGGAAGAUGGACCUGAAAGGGAUUCUGGUCAGAACUUUGAUUCAGCUGAAGGAAAUGAUCAACCUGAGUUAAGACUUUCGAACUCCAUGGGGGUUACUCCUAUUGAGCCAUCAGAGUAUAAAUCUGACAUCCUUCACAGUGACAUUCAAAGCCAUCUCAAGAAUUUGAAUUAUGGACGGCAGUGCCAAGAUUUUCCACCAAUGGUUUGCCCUUCGCCUGUUAUGGUGCCCCCUGUCUACUCGCAAGGGCGAUUGCCUUGGGAUGGUCCUGGGAGACCUCUCUCAGCCAAUAUGAAUGUCAUCUCUCAGCUUUAUGGCCCCCGUAUAGUUCCUCUAUCUGCACCUCACCAGUCUGUUUCUAACAGACCUGCUAAUGUGUAUCAACGCUAUGUUGAUGAGAUUCCAAGAUACCGCAGUGGCACAGGAACCUACCUUCCAAAUCCUAAGGUUUCUGUAAGGGAUCGGCAUACUUCAAGUGCAAGAAGGGGGAGUUACAAUUAUGACAGAAAUGAUCACCAUGGUGAUAGAGAAGGGAACUGGAAUGCCAACUCAAAGUCGCGAGCUUCUGGGCGCAACCACAGUCGCAGCCAAGCUGAGAAGCCAAAUUCAAGAGUAGACCGUAUGGCAGCUAAUGAGAGCCGUGCUGAGAGGCCAUGGAGCGCACAUAGACAUGACUCAUUCCCUUCAUAUCAAUCUCAAAAUGGUCCUAUCAGGUCAAGCACUACACAGAGUGGUUCCACUAAUGUGGCAUAUGGCAUGUAUCCACUACCAGGCAUGAAUCCCAAUGGGGUGUCAUCAGAUGGAUCUACCAUGCCCUCUCUUGUCAUGAUAUAUCAUUAUGAUCAUAAUGCUGGCUAUGGGCCACCUCCAGAAGACCAGCUGGAGUUCGGUUCUCUUGGACCAGUGGGUUUCACAGGUUUGAAUGAAGUUCCACAGUUAAAUGAAGGGAGUCGGAUGGGUGGGGUAUUUGAGGAACAAAGAUUUCAUGGUGGCUCUACUCAACGAUCUUCUCCUGAUCAGCCUUCAUCACCACACAUCCAAAGGGGAGUAUGAUUACUUUGCCAGAUUAGUGGCUCCAAGGAAUUAUCAGGAUGAAAAGUGAGGAUCUUCCCCUUCUAGCAUAGUCAGGUCAGGGAGGUAAUGGUGAUGGGAUAAACUACAAUGAGAACCCCGCUCCCAUGCAUUAUCAAGUGAUGUUGUUAUCCCUAUCCCAUUCUCAGAAAGGAAGAGUUGAAUUUCCUGUCGAUGAUUCUUAAUCUCAUACGCUAUGCCUGCUUGGAGCUUUUAUAUACACUGGGAAGUACUUUACUUACUCCCUCUUCUUUCUGGUUAACCACUUGCUCCCUUUCAAAAGGGUACAAUACUACAAUAUCGUUGGUGGUAAAUGAUGAUGAUGAUGAUGCUUGUGCUGGUGAAGGGGAGAGCAGGACUCGGCGACACAGAUUUGAAUUUAGGGUUAGGACUUGUAACUCUACUAAACUACAAACUUGCUUUAGGUUUGAAAUCCCACAGAAUGUUGGGGAUUUCAUUCAGGAUCUGUAUCAGUUAUCUUUUACAUGCUGUUUAAGAUUCAACAGUGUAGCAAUAACAUCACCAUUCUAUUGCAUCAUGUUUGGUAACCUCGACUUUUUUUUUUC